AUGAAAAAUCCAACAAUCCCAUUUUCUUUUCAUCGGGAUGCAUCCCGAGCUCGGAAUGAAGACAUGAUUCGAUUCAUGCUAAUGAUGAUUUCAUUGACAUUUCUUGUGUUUUCUUCAUUCUUGAAUUGCAUGCAAGCAUUCGGAAUGAUGAACAACAUGUUAUCAUCCGACACUAAUCCCUCGUUCUAUUGUAAAGUUCAUACCAGUAACAUUCGUCUCACCUUCACUUCUCCAUAUGUGGCCAAAUUAUGUGAUGGUGAUGCGUAUUGCUUUUCUGGCACGACCAAAACUCUCACUGCAACUUUUUCGUUGAAUCCCUUCUAUGAUGAUUUAUCUUAUAACAAAUACAUUCGUUCGGUUGGAACGAUGGGAGCUCAAAUUAGUGGAGCCUUCAAUCCAUGUUAUGCUUAUGGUGCGAAUUUGAAUUUCACAUCAUUGACUUCGUUGCAUGUUAAUGGUCAACCCAUCUUGUUACAACGUAAAAAUUUGGGACAAGACAUUGUUUCGACAACAUGUGCUGAUAAGGGAUCCUGUUCAAAAACGUUUAGUGCUGCAGCAAGUAUGUUAGAGGCUGGUUUUUCAACAGAUUUAAAUAUUACUCAGCAAGGAAAUGAAGUUACAUUUGAAUUUGAAGGAACUUCUUCUCCAACCACUUAUUUGUGUGUGAAACAAUUGGAAUUAAGAUUGUGUUCAAUUCCAAAGACGACCACUGUAGUGUCGUACACUGCACAAAUCACAUCAACGACACCAAGUGUUUUAAAUUUUGUCACCAAUGAUACUGUGUGGGCUUUACAAAAUGAACCCUUUCCAAAUUCCAAAGAGUUACUGAAGAGUUAUUCAGAUCAAUUUGUGAGAAGAGUGAAAAUUACAAACCCAGCCCUUGCAUUCAGCCCAGAAUUUAGUUUAAUCAUUAAUCCAAGCAUGUAUCAAUUCAUGCCAAGCAUGACGAUCGAUGUUGUGAGUGUGAAUAAGACGUUUACCGAUCCUGUCACUAAUCAAGUGUUGACCAUCAAUAUUUCAGAGUCGGUGACCCUGAAACGAAGUUCAUCUCGCUAUGAAUUGACCUUUAACACUUCACUUUGGAAAGACGACGAAAUUUCAUUGGACAUUAGAAUCAGUCUUGUGAGUCCAUAUUCAAAUUCUGGUUUUGGAUACUUUUCGUAUGAUGUUUCUCCUUUGGACACUUCCAAAAACGCAUACUAUAACACUCGACCAUAUGGAGCUGUACAGGAUCAAUUCAGUUAUACCUCUCGACAAAUAUUUAACAUCAAUUAUAAUACUCCACAAAAGAUUACUGCAUUGGGAAAAUUAUCGGAUGUUGUUGCCGUCAAUUAUUCACCAGAUCCCAAUACUCCAAGCAUGGAUGGUCAAAUGCCACUUUGUUACAUGCAAAUCAAUACCAUCUUUCCAGAUAAUGUUUUUGAGUUUUCUGGAACCAUCUAUUUUUAUUCAACAAAGACGAACAAACAAUACAGCGCCAACUUUGGGCCAAGCUACACGAUUGAUCCUAACAAGAAACAAGCUCAAUACUUUAUUUCAUCAGAAAUGCUCGACUGUACUCAGGGAUCUUCUACAAUGAUUUAUGUGUGGUUAGAAAUUUUAACAAUUGACAAGUAUUAUGAAUCUGGAGUCAUUACUACCCAAGUUUCUGCCUCUCGAAAAUCUAUUCAACUUAUUGACGAUGCAAACAAAGUCUAUACAGACCUCAGUUUCUCUUCAAAAUAUGACGGCACUGUCUAUUAUGUCAAAUCCUUUUCUUCCCUCAAAUUCCCAUAUGAUUUAACGGUGUCUACUACUUACUCUUCUCUCAACGCUCCAUUUUUGUCCUUCCUUUCCUACAACGUUCCACUUUCAUGGGCCGACCAGAAACCAAUGAUUUUACAAUCCACAAAGGCACCUUCUUCCUCCACAGAUUUUGCUGCCUACGAUGUUGAUGUGGCAGUUGGAAUGUUUUUCACAUUUAUUGAGAAGGGUGUCUGUAGUAUUUAUCCAUGUCGUGCCUCCUUUAAGUUUUCCGUCUCUCAAGAUUUAGUCAACCCUCCUACGCUUUCCACAACUCCAUCCAAUACUUUGACCAUUACAAAAAGUGGAUAUCGAUCGAAUGGAUUUUUGACUGCUGUUGAAAUUCCACAAAUUAAUUCUGUCGUCACGAGAAAUGCACAAGCAACACAAUCCAACGUUCUCUAUAAUCUCAAAGUAAUUGCAGCCGUAAAAGUGGAUAGCCAACCUCGUUUAUUUACCAUUACACGACCCUUAGCACUUCAAGUGAGCAAACAAUACGACACACUCAAAACGCACCCUUUAAUUCUACCUAUUCUCAACAAGUAG